CGGCAAGUGUUCUUUGUUUUCUUCAUUGUUUACUCGAGCAACUGAGAGCUAAAAAUUGAGGGAAAAACAAUGGCGGCCGAAGUGGACACCGGAGAGUUUUACCUCCGUUACUAUGUAGGGCAUAAAGGGAAGUUCGGGCACGAGUUUUUGGAGUUCGAGUUCAGGCCGGACGGGAAGCUCCGAUAUGCUAACAAUUCCAACUACAAAAACGACACCAUGAUCCGCAAAGAGGUCUUCUUAACCCCUGCCGUUCUCAAGGAAUGCCGCCGCAUCAUCACCGAGAGCGAGAUCAUGAGGGAAGAUGAUAACAACUGGCCGGAACCUGACCGUGUUGGACGGCAGGAGCUCGAGAUUGUGAUGGGGAAUGAGCAUAUCUCUUUCACUACUUCAAAGAUUGGGUCCCUUGUUGAUGUUCAGAGCAGUAAGGAUCCUGAAGGGCUUCGCAUAUAUUUUAUUAUCUGGUUCAGGUCGGCUAAUGUACAUUGUCAAUCUGCUAUUUUAUUCUCUGCUGCAGGACUUGAAGUGCUUCGUAUUCUCUCUCAUCUCACUCCACUUCAAGAUCAAGCCUAUUUGAAGACCGAUAAUCCACUUCCGUACUAGGUGUGUCAUGUGGAGUGGUGAUUUCACUUGUUCUGUCCUCAGUUGAGCUAAGGCUAUGUUUGUAGUAGUAGUUACAAUGAUUUUGAACUUUGGAUGAGAAUGAGAUGCCAUCAGUCUAAUAUUGCACUUGUUUUCUUGUAGUUCUUUCCAUUCCAUUACGUCAAAUGUAUUGAACCAUUGAUAACAAUAUGAGAAACACGAUCCAAGAAUUCUCGA